AUGAGCAUUCGGUCCAAAAUUCUGAGCGACGAAGAGAAGGACAUCAUGAAAUGGGUGUCAAAUGAGCCCUUCUCAGAGACUCAAAGUGAUAACCAGGAGAUACGGUCUCCUGAUACAGGCAAUUGGCUUCUCCAGUCAACGGAAUAUGAACACUGGAAGGCUUCUGCCGGGAGUAUGCUCUGGCUUCCUGGCGUUGUCGGUUGUGGGAAAUCAAUCCUUUGUUCAACCAUCAUCCAGGAUAUUCAUGAUCAAUGCAAGAAAGAUGGAUCAAAAUCGCUAGGGUACUGGUAUUUUCAAUUCACGCAAAAACGCAGUGUGGAAAAGAUGAUACGAUCUUUGAUUCGGCAGCUCAGUCGAAGCCCCUUGGCAGACUCGGUCACUGAGGCUUGGGAGUACCACAGUAGGAGAGGUGGCCAGCCAAACCGGGAAGCCUUCUUAACCAUGCUUGAUGAUGUGAUUACCAGCACACCUAAGGACGUCUUUCUUGUCUUCGAUGCGCUUGAUGAAUGCCCGACAGACAAAAAAGAGCGACAGCAGCUGCUUAACUUCUUGGUCAAUCUUGUCAAGCGACACCAGAAUAUUCACAUUGUUGCUACUGGUCGACCGGAACGAGAUAUCGUGACAAAAAUGGACAUGUUCCCAUCAAUUGACCUAGCAGCUCGACUAGAAAAAGACGUGGAAAUAUUUGUGCGCGAUAAAAUCGACGAUGAGGACGGUCACCUCGUUGAUGUGAGCACGGAAAUUAAAGCCUCCAUUCUGGAAGCUCUAUUGAGCACCGGAGAACGACGGUUCAGGUGGGCUAGUCUCCAGAUCGAACGACUGAACAAGUGCCCCAACGAGAAUCUAAUCAAGGAGGCUCUGCGCACGCUACCCAGGGACCUUGAGCAAACCUAUCAAGCAAUUGUGAACAAGAUUGUAGAGGACGGCUAUGGGUCUCUUGCUCGCCCGAUGCUAAUGCUACUGUGCUUCCCGGCGGGUCCUUUGCACUUAAAGACAGUCGCAUCUCUAGGGGGCUUGACGUCACCUGCAUGGGUUGUGGAAAUAUGCACAUCAUAUCUGCUCUCGGUAUCGGGUGAAUUGGUCAAAUUAGCGCACUAUUCUGUGAAAGAAUUCCUGGUCAAUUCAGAUGAUCGCCAGAAUAGCAAUGAGUGUUGCUUCUUUGAGGUCUCUGCGCAUCAAACCUUGGCCAUGAUGACAGUUGACUCGCUCCUUGAGCAGAAUAAGCAAUUGGACAAAGAGACAGCAAUGCCGCAGCCCUUCUUGGUCUUCGCUGCAGUCUACUGGUCGACUUAUACCACUGCAUUAGGAACUUCUUCCGCAUGGCCCGAAGGCCUUCAGGAUAAAGUGGACCGUCUGUUCACUGAGCCUACUGUUUAUUUCAAUUGGCUUCGCAUAGCAGACAAUCACAACAAUCCCAACGGUGGCCAAUGGAAUUGGCUUCCUGAGGAGUGUCCGCUACCCAUCUAUCGAGCCAUAGAACUCUCCCUCACACACACAGUGGAUACCCUCGUCAAGCAGGGCAUAAAUCCACUCGAAGAGCCCGGGGACCUCAGAUCUCCUUUGGAUGAAGCCGUUGCGACGGGCCGCUUUGCAGUAGUGAGCAUGCUGCUAAAGAAGAAUCUCCCGAUCAAUAGCCAAGAUGCGAAUGACAUGAUUCGCUCAAUGGAUACUGAUUUCCGUACUGGCGAAAACGAGACAAUGACAGGAGAGCUGCAAGAGGUCCUACGUGCAAUGUGGGAUAUGGGACUCAUGGGUGAUCAGUCACAAGUCACCAACAAAACUAUUUCCGAAGAGUUCAUUCGUCAUUCUCUGAUGAAUCAUGACUUAUCGGUUCCAAUACUGAGCGAGCUUCUGGACUGGCGCGAGGCAGGGUCAGUCUCAUUCACCCUUCCUGAAGAUACCCUAUCGCUGGCAAUGAGUAGCUCCUAUCGUGGUGACGAAUUGAUGACCUUGUUGCUUCAAAAGUGCGAUUCUGAGAUUCACGUCCCCCCCUGA